GGCUGCAGAGAUGCCCCAGCUUGCUGUGGUUCCGUCUACAGCUAGCCUCAGUCUGCAUUGAGCUAACAGAAGAUAGCAUGCCGGGAUAUUCCUAGCUACUGAAGACAUUUUUUUUUUUUUUUUUGACGUUGCUGUAGUUUUUUAGGCUUACUUCUGGGAUCUGCAGCAGUGGGAGUCUCCCUUGUUUUCCUUCUUUCUCUGAAAAGAUAACUGUGCUGUAUUCAGCAGAAGUGGAGACUGGAAGAACAAUAUAGUUCAAAGAUAAGGGGUGGCUUCUCUUUUCCUGGAAUUUAAAAGGCGGUUUAGAAGGGUAGGUGCCUACCUGAAAAGACCAGCUUUAAAAGACCCCAGCGGUGCUGUUCCAAAGCUUCUCAAAGCAGGUGGCCAGAUCUGCAGUUUCUCAACAGUGGGACUCUCCGGCUGUGGCUAUCACGGAAUUGAUGCGCAUACACGUGGUGGUUCAUUAUGCUGCUGCACCUGUGUAGUGUGAAGAAUCUGUACCAGAACAGGUUUUUAGGCCUGGCUGCCAUGGCGUCUCCAUCUAGAAACUCCCAGAGCCGACGCCGGUGCAAAGAACCGCUCCGGUACAGCUAUAACCCAGACCAAUUCCACAACAUAGACAUCAGAAAUGGUGCCCAUGAUGCUAUCACCAUCCCUCGCUCCACCAGUGACACUGACCUGGUCACUUCAGACAGCCGCUCUACACUCAUGGUCAGCAGUUCCUACUAUUCUAUAGGACACUCCCAGGAUUUGGUGAUCCACUGGGACAUCAAGGAAGAAGUGGAUGCUGGAGACUGGAUUGGCAUGUACCUUAUUGGUGAAGUCUCAUCUGAAAACUUUCUGGAUUAUAAGAACCGUGGAGUCAAUGGUUCUCACAGAGGCCAGAUCAUUUGGAAAAUUGAUGCCAGCUCUUACUUUGUGGAAUCUGAAACUAAGAUCUGCUUCAAAUACUACCACGGAGUAAGUGGGGCCCUGCGAGCUACAACCCCCAGUGUCACUGUCAAGAACUCAGCAGCCCCUAUUUUUAAAGGUAUUGGCUCUGAAGAGACUGCUCAAAGUCAAGGAAGCAGGAGGCUGAUCAGCUUCUCCCUCUCAGAUUUCCAGGCCAUGGGAUUGAAGAAAGGGAUGUUUUUCAACCCUGACCCUUAUCUGAAGAUUUCCAUUCAACCUGGGAAACAUAGCAUCUUCCCGGCCCUCCCUCAUCAUGGACAGGAAAGGAGAUCCACGAUCAUAGGCAACACUGUAAACCCCAUCUGGCAGGCAGAGCAUUUCAGUUUCGUGUCUCUGCCAACCGAUGUGCUGGAAAUUGAAGUGAAGGACAAGUUUGCCAAGAGUCGUCCCAUCAUCAAGCGUUUCUUGGGAAAGCUGUCAAUGCCUGUUCAGAGGCUGCUGGAGAGACACGCCAUAGGGGAUAGGGUGGUCAGCUACACACUUGGCCGCCGGCUUCCAACUGACCAUGUGAGUGGGCAGCUGCAAUUCCGAUUUGAGAUCACAUCCUCCAUCCAUGCAGAUGAUGAAGAGAUCUCUCUGAGUGCUGAGCCUGAGUCAGCAGAAAUGCAGGACAGCAUCACGAAUAGUGUGGUGGAAAACAGCAAUGGAGAGCCUUCUGGUGAUGCUACAGAAUUCUGCAAGGAUGCGAAGCCAGAGGCACCAAGUGAAGGGAAUGGAGUAAACAGCUCAGAAAACCAAAACCAGGAGCAUGCCGGGCCAGUUGAGGAAGCGGCAGGAGCUAUGGAGGCCAGAGAUGGUAGCAAUUUCUCUGAAGCACCCGAAGAACCUGGGGAGCUUCAGGACCCAGAGCAACAUGACACCCAGCCCACCCUGAGUGCAGAAGAAGUGGCCGAGGGACUUCCCCUGGAUGAGGAUUCGCCAUCCUCGCUGUUGCCAGAAGAGAGUACAGCUCUAGGCAGCAAGGUAGAAGAGGAAACAGUACCAGAAAAUGGAGCCAGAGAGGAAGAAAUGCAGAAGGGGAAAGAUGAAGAAGAGGAAGAAGAGGACCUUUCUACCCUGGAGCAAGGAGAGCCUGGACUGGAGCUGAGGGUCUCCGUGAGAAAAAAAAGCAGACCAUGUUCCCUACCUGUAUCAGAGCUUGAGACAGUGAUUGCAUCUGCCUGUGGAGACGCUGAGACCCCGAGAACCCAUUACAUCCGCAUCCACACCCUGCUGCACAGCAUGCCCUCGGCCCAGAGAGGAAGCACCACGGAGGAGGAAGAUGGCUUGGAGGAGGAAUCCACCCUCAAGGAGUCCUCUGAAAAGGAUGGGCUCAGCGAGGUGGACACAAUAGCUGCUGACCCACAGUCCAUGGAAGAUGGCGAGAGCGAUGGGGCUACUCUGUGCAUGGCACCCUCUGACUGCUCUGGGGGACAUUUCUCCAGUUUAUCCAAAGGCAUUGGUGCUGGCCAAGAUGGCGAAGCUCACCCCAGCACUGGGAGUGAGAGUGACUCCAGCCCCCAGCAGGGAGCAGACCACAGUUGCGAGGGCUGUGAUGCCUCAUGCUGCAGCCCCUCCUGCUAUAGCACAUCUUGCUACAGCAGCUCAUGUUACAGCAGCUCCUGUUACAGCAGCUCCUGCUACAAUGGCAACAAUCGGUUCGCCAGCCACACACGCUUCUCCUCUGUGGACAGCGCCAAGAUCUCUGAGAGCACAGUCUUUUCUUCACAAGAGGAUGAGGAAGAGGAAAACAGUGCAUUCGAGUCGGUACCGGACUCGGUGCAAAGCCCAGAGCUAGAUCCCGAGUCUACAAAUGGGGCUGGCCCUUGGCAGGAUGAACUGGCUGCCCCUGGUGGGAAUGCAGCAAGAAGUACUGAAGGUCUGGAGUCCCCCAUGGCAGGUCCUAGCAAUAGGAGAGAAGGUGAAUGUCCUAUACUCCAUAAUUCCCAGCCAAUAAGCCAACUUCCUUCCUUGAGGCCUGAACAUCAUCACUACCCAACAAUCGAUGAGCCUCUUCCACCAAACUGGGAAGCUCGAAUUGACAGCCAUGGACGGGUCUUUUAUGUGGACCAUAUAAAUCGCACAACCACCUGGCAGCGACCAUCGAUGGCCCCUACCCCAGAUGGAAUGAUCAGAUCCGGGUCUGUCCACCAGAUGGAGCAGCUUAACAGAAGGUAUCAAAACAUCCAGAGAACCAUGGCAACAGAGAGAGCUGAAGAAGAUUCUGGCAAUCAAAACUCUGAGCAAAUACCAGACGGAGGAGGAGGAGGAGGAGGUGGUGGGAGUGACUCAGAAGCAGAAUCAUCCCAAUCAAGCUUAGAUCUGAGGAGAGAAGGGUCACUUUCUCCUGUCAACUCACAGAAGGUCACCUUGCUGCUGCAGUCUCCAGCGGUCAAGUUCAUCACCAAUCCUGAGUUCUUCACUGUGUUGCAUGCCAAUUAUAGUGCCUACAGGGUUUUCACAAGCAGCACUUGCCUGAAGCAUAUGAUUUUAAAAGUCCGAAGAGAUGCUCGAAAUUUUGAGCGCUAUCAGCACAACCGGGACCUGGUGAAUUUCAUCAACAUGUUUGCAGAUACUCGGCUGGAACUGCCCCGGGGUUGGGAGAUCAAAACUGAUCAUCAGGGAAAGUCUUUCUUCGUGGACCACAACAGUCGAGCUACUACUUUCAUAGAUCCCCGAAUCCCUCUUCAGAAUGGCCGUCUUCCCAAUCAUCUAACCCACCGACAGCACCUCCAGAGGCUCCGGAGUUACAGUGCUGGGGAGGCCUCAGAAGUCUCUAGAAACAGAGGAGCAUCUUUGCUGGCCAGACCAGGACACAGCCUAAUAGCUGCUAUUCGAAGCCAACAUCAACAUGAAUCCUUGCCACUGGCAUACAAUGACAAGAUUGUGGCAUUUCUUCGCCAGCCAAACAUUUUUGAAAUGCUACAAGAACGUCAGCCAAGCUUGGCAAGAAACCACACACUCAGGGAGAAAAUCCAUUAUAUUCGGACAGAGGGCAAUCAUGGGCUUGAUAAAUUGUCCUGUGAUGCAGAUCUAGUCAUUUUGCUGAGUCUCUUUGAAGAAGAGAUCAUGUCCUACGUUCCCCUGCAAUCUGCCUUCCACCCUGGAUAUAGCUUCUCUCCCCGCUGUUCACCCUGUUCCUCACCUCAGAACUCCCCAGGUUUACAGAGAGCCAGCGCAAGAGCCCCUUCACCAUACCGAAGGGAUUUUGAAGCUAAGCUCCGCAAUUUCUACCGAAAACUGGAAGCCAAAGGAUUUGGACAGGGUCCGGGUAAAAUUAAGCUCAUCAUCCGUCGGGACCACUUGUUGGAGGGGACCUUCAAUCAAGUGAUGGCAUACUCGAGGAAGGAGCUCCAGAGAAACAAGCUCUACAUCACCUUUGUUGGAGAGGAGGGGCUGGACUACAGUGGCCCUUCUCGAGAGUUCUUCUUCCUGUUGUCUCAGGAGCUCUUCAACCCUUACUAUGGACUCUUUGAGUAUUCUGCAAAUGACACAUACACAGUACAGAUCAGCCCCAUGUCAGCAUUUGUAGAAAACUAUCUUGAAUGGUUUAGAUUCAGUGGUCGUAUCCUGGGCCUAGCUCUGAUCCAUCAGUACCUCCUGGAUGCUUUCUUCACAAGACCCUUCUAUAAGGGACUCCUGAAGCUGCCAUGUGAUCUGAGUGACCUAGAAUAUUUGGAUGAGGAGUUCCACCAGAGUUUACAGUGGAUGAAGGACAACAACAUCACAGAUAUUCUAGAUCUCACUUUCACUGUUAAUGAAGAAGUUUUUGGACAGGUGACAGAAAGAGAGUUGAAGUCUGGAGGUGCCAACACGCAGGUGACUGAGAAGAACAAGAAGGAAUACAUAGAGAGGAUGGUGAAGUGGCGCGUGGAGCGUGGCGUGGUGCAGCAGACGGAGGCAUUGCUCAGGGGUUUCUAUGAGGUUGUAGACUCAAGGCUCGUCUCAGUGUUUGAUGCGAGGGAACUGGAGCUGGUGAUCGCUGGAACUGCUGAAAUCGACCUGAAUGACUGGAGGAAUAACACAGAGUACCGGGGAGGUUAUCAUGAUGGCCACCUUGUGAUCCGCUGGUUUUGGGCUGCAGUGGAACGCUUCAAUAAUGAGCAGAGAUUGCGAUUACUUCAGUUUGUGACAGGAACAUCAAGUGUGCCCUAUGAAGGCUUUGCAGCUCUGCGGGGAAGCAAUGGGCUUCGACGUUUCUGCAUAGAAAAGUGGGGGAAGAUUACAUCUCUUCCCAGGGCACAUACAUGCUUCAACCGAUUGGAUCUCCCACCAUACCCUUCAUAUUCCAUGUUGUAUGAAAAGCUGUUAACAGCAGUAGAAGAAACCAGCACCUUUGGACUUGAGUGAAGACGUGGAGCCUUGCCUGGCAUUGUCCUGAACAGUGACACCACCCUCUCUGGGAUGACUUACUCCCUCCUUUGACUUUGGUAUUCCAUGAUUUUUAUUUCAAAGCAAAUUAGAAUUGGCAAAAGCUGUGCAUGAAGAAUUGCCUUCUUCUAAGACCUAAUCUUCAGGCUUAUCUCCUCUGUUUCCAAUGAACUGCUAGCCUGUAUGCAAUACUACAAAACAGCUGUCUCAAGGUCUGUGUAUACCUCCACAUACCUCCAUUCCUAACAACGAAAUAUGAGUGCAGGUUAUGCUACACUUGACGAAAUGGUAAUAAAUGUUUACUUCCAUUUCUAUCAUUUAAAGAUAAUUUGAGCUGUAAGCAUUCCAUGCUUUUAUAUGCCCAUGUCUUCCAAGCAGAGCCUCCAUUUUUCCUAAUUUCUAGCAACUAUUUCCAGCCCUGGGAGCUGACUAAUUUUUCCCUUUCUAUCUCUACAUUUCCUAUUCAUUCUAUCCAAACGGACAGCCAAGGCCACACAGAAACGUUUUCUUCAUUCAACUCAUGAUCCAUAGUGGUAUCAGUCCCAUCAGCCAGAACUAACCUAGACAUAUGGUGCAAAUAUGAAACUUCCAGCAAUUAACAACAGCAAGAAGGAAAAGGUUAUCAGUAAAUCCAAGGGUGUGGACUAUGAAAUCAACUUGAGUUCAGAAAGGUGAGGUGGGGGAAUCUCCCCUGGUGAACCCUCACCACCCAAGAAGCACAAACUUGUGUAUCAUGUUCAAGGAGCAAAUCCUAAUUGCUGUAGAUUGAAGGAUGAGCCUUUACCUCUAAUUUUGUCACCAUAAAAAGUGAUAAGGCAAACAGGAAAAAGGACAGGACAUGUGACAUGUAUUCCAAUCCAUGAAUUUUGUUUAAUCUAUUCUCACGCACACAUAGUCCAAAUAAAUCUCAUGGCUUUUGUUGCAGCCAAGUUUAUUUACUUGAUAGGCCAAACUUUUGCUUCUUUUCUCAUUCUUUUUUUUCCUUUCCUAUCCUUUUUUUAAAUCAUGGUGUUCAAAUUCUGUCACAUCUGAUGUUCACAGACACCACAUACAAAGCUGCAGAGCACGAUGGUGCUUGUUAAGGAUCACGGGCAAUAUAAACUUUUCCUUCAUCCUUAGUGAUUCUUCAAAGGCAAGCUGACUUGUGUCCACAAAAAAAAAAUCCAUUUUUUAAAGCAUUCAGCAAAAUAUUUAAGAAAAUGUGUUUUUAGAAAAACAAUCGCAGGCUCCACAGACAGCCUGGCAUCUUAAGUACAUUUGAGAUAAAUCUAACCAUAAUGGUCAUUUGCUAUUUUUUGUAACCAUGUUAUCCAUGUUGUCUGAAAUACAACAUAAAUGAAAGUGGUUUUUCUUCACUGGGAAAAAAAAGCUAAAGAGACCCAACUAUUUAAAUAUUCAUUGUUGUAGUCAACAUAUUAAAAUAAAAGAACAAGUCUGAGAAUGUAAAGCUAACUUAGGAUGAAGCCAUGCCUCGUGGCUCAGUACAGCAGUGUGUUUUGUUCCUGCACAUUAAAAUAUUUUCUUAGUAAAAAUUAUUCACAAUGCCAAGACACUCUGUGUUCCUGUGUUUCUUUGUUAAGCAAGAAGUAUAUAUGAUACAGACUUAGUUUUUUAUUGCUAUCAAAAAUAAGUUUUACUAAAAAAUGGGAUGUACAUUGUAUGAAACACAGCUUGAGGGGUGAGUAAGAUUUGGCCCAUAUUUCAGAAUCUGAAAAAUAAGUCCAAUGGAGCUGUUAUUUAUUAAUGAACUUGGAACAAAAGCACUGCUAAAGUCAUUUUCACUAAAUCUUUAACUCCUAGAAAAGCAUAUUUAGAAUUCAUCUUAUGUAUACAUAAAAACCUCGCAAAAAUUCAACCAUUUGACUUUUUUACCACUGACUUGCCAUACAUUGAAAAGGCGGAUGUUGUUCAAAUGUAGGAAGCUGCUCCUGAAGAGCUUUACAAUUUGCAGAAAUGAGAGAAUCUAUUAAAUAUAUUAAUAUAUAGGCUACCAACAUACAGAAGGAAGAAAUUAUCUUAGAAAUGACAUGUGAAUAAGAAACUCAGAUAAUGCAUUUUUAAUUAAGUUUUAGUUAUACCUCUACCCUUGUGCAAGGUUCUACACAAAUCCCAAGAGCAAUAGUAUUUCUAAUAUGCUCUUUUUAAUUAUUUGAGGUUAUUGCGAUGCAUUUCAAUCAUAUUCACCUAACACUCUUCUCCCUAACUCCUUCUACAUUCACUCCCCAGUAUCCCAUUCCUUCUCAAUGGCAUGUCACUUUUUAAUGACCCAUGGAGUCCAAUUUGUGCUGUUUGUCCAUAUCUUAAAUUAGUAUGAGGUCAUCCCCUGGAAGAUAUAAAUGUAUCGUGUGUGUGUGUGUGUGUGUGUGUGUGUGUGUGUACAUACACAUAUACAUAUUUGAUUGUUAUAGCCAUCUGCAGUGGUGCACCUUUAUGGCAUUAAAAUGCCUUUAAUCCCAGCACUUGGAAGGCAGAGGCAGGCAGAGCUCUGUGAAUUCAAUGCCAGUCUGGUCAACAGAGCAAGUUCCAGAUCAUCCAGAGUUACCUAGUAAGACUCUAUUUAAAAAAAAAAAGACAAAAGGAAAGAAAGAAAACUGACUCUUAGCAGCCAUCAGCUGUCAAUAGCUCCUCAGCUAGGGCUGGGGACUUGUGAACCCCUCUUUAUAUACUAAUAGUAUUCUAGAAAAAUUAAAAAUGUCAUUUAUACUAACACCAAAGUUGCUGAGAGAAUGUAAAGCUUGCUUCGUAGACCCCAACACGUGACUUCAGCCUUUCAUGAAAGAAGCAAAAUCCAAGGGGAGAGGAGCUCAAAAGCCAGUCAUGGAUAGACACUUCCCACUUCAUCCAUGAGAACAUUGGAAUUAUAUCUAAUUCAUUAUAUAUGCAUAUGGACAUAUAACUAUAUAUGUUUAUAUGUAUAUGUGUAUACAUUUACACAUAAGGAAAAUGCUGUAGAAAUAGUUUUUUAUUGAUUUCAAUGGUUGGAGAUAAAUCACCUCAAAUCAUAUAAUUCUUUGGGUAACACAGAUUUUUUUUUGUGACCAUAUGUUAUUCUUUGAAUUUUUUUCUCCAUAAAGUUAAUUAGAAAGUAAUUACCUGUAAGUCAUAACCUCCCUAAAACAAGAUUUUUUAUAUCUAGUUUUAUGAGUAUAAUGCAAUACCUUUGGGAGAAGACAAAAAAUAUUUAAAAGAUUUAAAAAUUAUGUUACAAUUUGAAAAAGACAAUAAGGUGUUAUAAUUUUAUAGAUAAUACAAAUAUAUUAUUCAAUAACAUGAAGAUGACAAUCUUCCCAAUAGAAACUGAGUCAUCAAGAUCAGAAGUACUCUAGAAUACUGAGUUCUCUGUGACAUCCCGUGUAUAUGAGUUCGAGAACACCCUGAUGGUUUGCUACCAUCAUUAUUAUAGCACAAACACUUCAGGAAAGGUAAUGAAAAUAUUCAAAUGCUUAAUGAGAUUUUGGCAAGCUUUCAUUAUGAAAGAUUUAAAUGGUUUUCCUGUUAAUAAUGAAGCUAUAUCAUUCAACAGUAAGAAUAUUUGUAUGGCAAGCCAGUGAGCUGAGUUUCCCACAAAACUUCUAACAAUAUGCAGUUUCAUCAAUAGUUCAUGUAUCAAGCCACAUGUCUGAAAUUGGGGUUCAGAAAAUUUCUAAGUUGCCACAAAUGUUUUCCCAGUCAAGAUGAAACACUUUCAAAUGAAAGUAGUUAGAACUUCACAUAACAAACUGUGGUGCUUUAUUAUUACUGUUGGUGUCGUUGUUAUGAUUAUUAUUAUUACAAUUAUGUCUAACAGUGUUCAUCACUAAAACUGCAAUACUGUAUCAUAAAUGUGCAGGAUGACUAUUCCAGCCAUCACAAGGUCCAAAAGAGAAAGUGUUAUUUUCCUGUUAAUGACAUGUAGUCCCUUUGUUCUAGUAGAUAAAAGGUGCCUAGAGGUAGUAUAUAGAGUAAAUAUUGUUCCGUUAGUCUAUUUCCUGCAGCUUCCAUUAUCUAAGGAAAUGUCCAUAAGAUUUUGUUUACAAGUCUUUGUUCUAGUCAAUAACAGGAGACGUCAUAUUACUGGGCUGAUUUUGCUUACAUCUACAAAAGAAAUGUUAUGUGAUACUCAGGCCUCGCUUUCUCUUACAUCAUACAUCUUCAAGGAAUGUCAAUAAACUCACUUUGG